GUGCAAUACCUCUCAGACCAAACAGCAAGAGCUUUCAAGUACUCUACUAGCUAGCUUCUAGUAAAUCCCUCUAACCCUUCAAAAAAAAAAAAAAAAGGCAAGGGAAAGGGCAUCAAUGGCUUCCUCCAUUGUCUCAUCCGCCGCUGUUGCCUCUGUGAACAGAGCCUCCCCUGCUCAAGCUAGCAUGGUAGCACCCUUCACUGGCCUCAAAUCCGCCGCUGCCUUCCCUAUCACUCGCAAGAACAACGACAUCACCACUUUGGCCAGCAAUGGUGGAAGAGUUCAGUGCAUGAAGGUGUGGCCACCACUUGGAUUGAAGAAGUUCGAGACUCUGUCUUACCUGCCUGAUCUGGAUGAAGCCCAAUUGGCUAAGGAAGUAGAGUACCUUCUGAGGAAGGGAUGGGUUCCUUGCCUUGAAUUUGACAUCCAUGAUGGAUUCGUGUACCGUGAGAACCACAGGUCACCAGGAUACUACGAUGGACGCUACUGGACCAUGUGGAAGCUGCCUAUGUUUGGUUGCACUGAUGCGGCUCAGGUGAUUAAGGAGAUCAACGAAGCUAAGAAGGAAUACCCCGACGCAUUCAUCAGGGUUAUUGGUUUCGACAACGUGCGUCAAGUCCAGUGCAUCAGUUUCAUCGUCUACAAGCCCCCCAAAUUCUACUCUAGCUAGAUCAAUGCGUGGCUUUCUUGAGGCGAAUUCCAUUAUUUGCCUUUUUUCAGCUCGCUUCAUCAGUUGGGUUUCAACCAAAUUUCCCAUUUUUUUACUCUUUUUUUUUCCCUUUUUCUUUUACGUUUUGGUCUGUCUUCUUCAAUCCCUAUGUUUAUUUUCCUCGACUUUCCAAUUCGAAUUGGAAUAAAUGAUGCUUUGAUUUGUUGUUAAAUAUCCUUAUGAAUCAAUCCUAUUUGCAUCUUUCUUCAUGGAAA